AGGUAGACAGCAGCAACCUCAGCAACCUCCUCCUAUGCCCAUGCAGCAGCAUUAUCCGCGGGAGUUUGUGCCUAAUUUUGACGGAAUGCAUAGGGGAAAGCCACCAAUGAAAAGGGAAAAGUGCCGUGUUAUGUUACUUUAUUUGUUAAUUGGUCUCGCUAUUACUGGGAAGUUUCAGUUAUGCUUUUAUGCAAAACUUUCUAAAUUCUUUUUCGGACAUGUAGAUUUCGAAUAUUUCCGUUACAAAUAUAAUUUAAAAUGCAUUGCCGAUUGACAUUUAUUAGAACUAAUUGAAAUGAGUUUGCGCGACUUGUAUUUUUAUUUUGGCUAAACUUGACCGCCAGUGAAUCCUUUUAGGGGUAUGUAAACUGGGGAUUUUAGCAUCUCAACGCUUAGUUUAACUCUUGAUUGCGUAUCGAAACAGAUUAUCCGAAGUACAAAAAAUAUUUGUCAAGAAGUUACUGUAAGUUACUAAAACAAUUACUACUCAUGGUUAUUUCAGGAGAAAUAAUGAUUUUUUGAACACAAAGGUCAAAGUGGAUUGAUUAAUUUUGAAAAACUAAUGUCGGUUAAAUUUUCUUGGUGUAGUAAUACUAUGAUACAAAACUUGAUAUUUUCGAGCUUUGGGUAGUUGAAUUACUGAUACUUAUUCGAUCUUACGAUAUGAUCUUCCCAUGAGCUACUCCGAAUUGAAAAAGAUGGAAACCAUCCAUGAAUUUCAGCGGUUAAUGGUGCCUGCUUUAUAUCCCUGGUCUUAGUGGAAGGGAAAUUCUAUUGUUUUUGCAUACUGCUUAGAGAUGUGCUUGUAUAAAUGCGCUGUUUUCGAGUUGCCUCAAUGCAUUCAAGGCGUUUGGUAAACUCAGACGUAACUAAUUAAUUAUCCAAGUAUUUGCAAAGUCUGUUUUUCAUACUGCGUAUACAAAGUUCCAAAUUGAUUUAGGAAAGAUUAUUUUACAAAUUAACGGGAUUUUAAGAUUUUCAUGACUAGAAUCCGAAGAUUAAAUUUCCAAUUACGAGUUUAUUUUAGCCGUGGUACCACGUGUCUUUUUCAAGUUAUAAUUUUGGAUUCAGCUUUAUUUUCCAUCAGACAGUACAAUUAAGUCAUCCUUAUCGUUACCGAAAGGUUUGGUUUUUGCUGCCCUUUACGCUUUACAUCUGUCGCAUUAUGCAGUGUGUCACAAAUGGGGUCAAAAACCAAUUUGUAUGUAAUCGUUUAGCAUGUACCGCGGAGGGAUGGCAGCACCGCCUCAAAGAGGCUACCCACCCCAGGAAUUUGGUGAUAUGGAACCUGAUUUGGAUUAUAGACCUCCUAGACAACGAUCGCCGCCACCUCCUGGACCUGGCUACGUCAAAAGUAGCAAACAUAAGCGCGCGCAUUACAGCUCGAGUCCUGACAGUAACGAUGGAGGGUAUGUCGUGCCAAAUCAAAGAGUGAAGGAAAAGAAGGCCAAGUUAUACGACCAUAUGGUUGCGUCUUCAUCCUCUUCGUCGAAGCAUCGCCAUGGCAUGAAGGUGGUAUCUUCUUCGUCCAAACACGGGCCAGGGACCCAUAUCUCCCCCACAACUGGAGUUUACGUGAAGCCUAAGAAAAAAUCCAAGCACAGACCGCCAUCAUCAAGCAGCUCAGAGGCAGGAGUAGUUUCAGAGUCAGAACCUGGGGCAUCCAGUGACGAAGGAGGAGACAGUUCUGACGCUCGACUGGACUCAGACGAGUCCAUCUCUUCUGAGAAACUGCGUGGAUACCAUGCGGUGGUUGUUCGCAACCUCCCCAAAAGACAUAAAGAUCAAACUAUUAAAGAAGGAUUGUUUUUCGAGUUUAAGAAGAUAGGCAAGGCCGUUUGCAUAAAACUGGAGGGCUCUGGCAAGCAGAGAAUUGCCUUCUGCUAUUUCAGAACUGCCGAUGAGUGCAAGCGAAUUGUGAAAGAAAAGGACCAAAAGACGUUCUAUGGAAAAGCCAUGGAGAUCGAUCCAAUUGCGCAAGUGCGCCAGGAGCGCGAGCAGCAGAACAGAAUGGGAGUGGCAGCUAAUUUCCAGGGAGGAAUAGCAGUGCCGAACAACAGAUACGACCCAGGAAUUGGAAUAGGGGGACAACAGCCCGCUCAGUUGAUGGGAAUGCCUAUGCCCUCCGAGCACCAGCCACCCCAAGGUGUCAACGAAUUGGACCCAAAAUGCUCGAGGACUCUGUUCAUCGGCAAUGUGCCACGAGAGAUUGAAGAGACGGACCUGUACAAGAUAUUCAGGAAAUACGGGAAAAUUCUCGAUAUUGAUGUAAAGAGAAUGCAAUAUGGAGAGGUCACCUACGCCUUUGUGCAAUAUGCCCAUUUGAUCACGUGUGUCGAAGCAAUCAAUUGUGAGGAAGGUCGCAAAAUUGGCCCCUACAGGUGCAAGACCAAUUUUGCCAAGACGACUCCCUCUGCAUGUCUGUGGGCGAGUGGAUUGCCAGAAGACGUGAACAAGAUGAACUUGAAGAGACAUUUCUCAAGGCCCCACCCAGUCAGCUACUUCGUCUUCGACCAGAAGCUGGGAGAGGCCCUCAUCUAUUAUCAAGAUGUGAACUCGGCCAGCGAAGUGCUCGCAACAGUCAAGACCAAGAAGAUCGACAAUACAAGACCAUACGUCGACUUCUCCAGCAAAGAACAUCAAGACUACAUCAUGAAGUGCAUGAAAAACAAGGGUGACGGUGGUACCCGCUAUAGCUGCAGUCCAUCUCCCAACAGAGGCAGAGGUUACAGCAACUCCCCCAUGCGCCGAGACAACAGACGCCGAUCCCCCUCUGAUAGCCCCCCCAGAGGCGGAGGAGGCCCUGGCACGAGGGGUUCACCGCAAGGCGGUGGACCCGGACGGUUUUCCCCUAGCCGGCGGCAUGGCUCUAACAGUAGCAAUCGGAGCUCGAGGUCACCUUCUAACAAUGGAAACGUCGGAGGACGAGAAAAUGCAAAGCACUACUCAAAGACGUUUAGUGUAUCCAGAAGAUCCCUUCAAAACAGCAGAUCUAGAUCUCCUUCGAAGACCUCAAAUUACAGUGGCGGUAUGAAAAGCAAAGGACGUCAUGAGUCACAAAGCAGUCGGAGCAGCUCUCGGUUGAACAGAUCGCCGAAUACAAAGACCAAAAAGUACGAAAUGAGUUCAUCUAAUGACGAACACGAGUGGAAGAGUAGCAAGAAAAGUAAAGAGAGAAAGGAGAAAGAAAAGGAAGCUAAAGGAGGUUCCAGCAAACUGACAAACGGAGGAAGUCCCAAGAAACCGACUCUCUCAGUUCCACCCUUUAGGCCGAGUGUGCACCUGUCCAGCAGAAGCACAUCGAAAAGCAAUAACGAGAAGAAAUCGAAGACGAAAGAGUGCAAGUAUCUGAAGUCGGAGCGAGGUGUAGUAAAGAAUGAGAUUCUGUCGGAAGGAGAUGUGGAAAAUGAGGACAAACUAAGCUCGGAACUGGAGGAGGGCGAGUUCUCGGCUACCAGUAAAAACGCCGAUGUGUCAGCUCAUAAGACACCAUCCGUUACAGAAGCCCAAAAAGAGCCACCAAUGUCCGUCUCUGUAUCUAACGAGCCAUAUGAAGAGUGUGACAUUAUGAUGUCAGAUCACUCGGACAUUGAGGGAGAUGUGCUUGACAAGACCUCAGAAGAAAGGGGAGCUGAAGAAGAGUGCAAAAUGGACGAGGAUGAUGAUUCAGAUAAGACUUCAAAAAACGAGGAGCGCCCCCUGUGUGACGUGGACAGAGGUGGAACGACUGAUCUGAAGAACGCCAACUUGCCAGACAUACUGAGUAGCCUGAAGAAGAGGCCACUGCAUACAAUGGACGACUUGAAGAUCAACCUGAAAAGCACCGGUCAUUUUUUAGAGCUGACUGGGGACGAUGUCGGUGAAAAUCGUCCCCAUUCUCCACGCGUGGCUACUGCGCUGCUGCAAAACAACGCCAUUUCACCCAAUCUCUCAUUCUCAUCAACCUCUCUUGACUUGGCAGGAUUGAAACAUACGGCGAACAAACUCAAAGAUGAUUUUCCGCUAUCGCAAGAAGACUUUGCGUUCAAUCCAUGUGAAAGUCCAACCAGAGCACUGGAUGUGUUUCUUAGCCAAGCUAGAGCCAAAGCCUCAACCUCAUCUGCCGCUGCUACUGCGAUAGGUGUUGAUAAGAAAAGUGGAAACGAACAAGUGAGUCUGAUCGCCACUUCCUCAAUACCUUCGCUGCCAAGUAUGGAUUGCAGAGAGAAAGAGGGAGAAGAGCAACACGAGACAGAUGAAGACGAAGAGGAAGAGGAGGGAGAGGGAGAAAAUGAGGAGGCGAUUGGGAUAAAAAUGAGUGCGAUGGAGAAUGAACUCCAACUAGAGGACAUAAGCUCCCCGGAGCAGUCGUUCAGCGACACAGAUACCAAUUCUCAGUCUCGUCAACUAGCUCAGCUUCCAAAGCGUCAGCAGCAUAAACCGGAGUUGCUGAGACUUUCGAUGGGCGAUAGUGUCACCAAACUUGAGAAGUUGGAAGUGAGCAUCAGUAUAAGUAACCAGAUCAACGAGCAGCAAAGUCCACCGAAGGCGAAUCGUGACGAAGCGAAACCUCGGAUAUCCGUUAUCACACCAUCAGUAGUGUCUCCAAUAGCCCAGUUGUUUGUCGCAAAAUCUCCAGAUACAUUGCCAGCACAAAGUGCUUCCACGGUCAUGGGUCGCCAAAUCAGCUCAAAUGGAGAAAACAUGAACCCACCUCUGCCCCCAUUACCACAACCCGUAGUCAUUCCAACAGUGUCGGUGUUCGCUCAACCGACGACACCAACGCUCGAUAGUCCGAUAAAACCGGCAACUCCUUCUCGGAAGGAACUUAGCUCUAUGCCGCCAGCAUGGCCUCAAUUGGAAUACAAUCAGAAAUCGCCUACAGCAAAGCCUAGUAUAAUGAGCGAUCGUAAAGGCUCAACUGAGCAUCAAGUUGUGCAUCAAAAAAGAAGUGCUCAUGGCCCCAAAGUAAUCCCCUUGGAACCUCUACCGGGAGCUCACCCAGUUGAUCCAAGGAUUGAUAUUCCGAGUGGACUGGUCGAAACCUCAUUAAAGACAGUCACGUAUCAGAAAGUCAUACCAAAGUCGCCAAGAGGAGACUCUGGCGGCAGUGGCUCGCUUCCAAUUACGGAGAGUCAGAGCAUCAUUGAGGACUGGAAAAGACGUGGGAUUGUAAAACCAAAAUUCCCGAAAGGCGAACCAGAUGAACAGUCAGGGAGCAAUUCGAAUCCUGCGAACCUGCAGCGUGUAAAUGAAUUGUUGAAUAAGUUCAAUGUCACAUCUAUAUUUGAUCAGGACUCACAGCGCUUGUCUGUUUUGGAUCCAGAUAGGAAGGCUGUAAGUAGCGCUGUCUCACCUGCAAGUAUCGCUUCCCAGAGGUCCUACGAUUUCACAUACCCUUCGCCCACAGCAUGGGGAAAUACUUCGCCUCACGUAGUCCCGCCUGCGUCGAGUGUGCUAAAUAUUGAAAUACCAAGCCCGAGUUCAAUUGUGAAAAAGGAGCCGUUGCAUGGAAUAUUGAAGUCUCCAGGCUCAAUAUCGUCAUUGAAAUCGGAUGAACAAAAAGGAAAAUCGAAAGAGGCGCCACCUCCAUUCCCAAGUCUGCACGUGAAUGUUGGAGCAGUUGCCGCAUCGGCACCUAACUCGUUGUGUGAAACUGUUGCGAAGACAGAAUCUAUUCGCGUGUCAGACAAAUACCAACGGAAGCCAGCUGCGGCUGCCUCGAAGCUGACUAAGUUAACGAUAAAAACGGAAGACUUUUCGGGAGGACUAGGGAACAUUGCCUCCUCCAUCCCUUCGCCGGUUAGCUCAGUUUCUAGCAAUAGCAGCAGUUGCAAUGCUGGAAAUGAGUUGAAAUCUCCUGCGACUGUUAUGACCAAAGUCACGGUGGCUAGUGCUCCCGUAACGCCAUUUGCAUCGCUGAAAGAACAAGAGCAUGCCAUAAACAGACCAGUUCUUAGAGAUACUGCAGGCAAUCAAAGUUCAUUAGAAAAUACAAGUGAGACAGCUUACGAUUUAAAUGUCUCCAUCGUUAGAAAUGAAAGCGAAAGUGACACAUCAAAUGCUUGUCCAAAUACUAAACGUUCGAAUAGCAUAAUUGAACCACUAAGUAAAAGCAAUAGUGGUGGUAAGAUUUACGCCGAAGAGAAGGAUGAAGAACGGUUAAUAGUGGACAACAGCCUAAGUUCUACCCAAAUCAAAAUUGAACCCGAAAUAUUUAACUCUGUUAAUGAGAUUGAGAAAGCGAACACUGUAGAGACUACUGUAAUAACUAGCAGUAGUAGUGUGGAGAGUGUUUGCACUAAUAGAGAUCACUCAGAUAAUGAACAGUCUUCAAAAGUGGAGCAAACUACAGCAAGCAAUACAAUUAAUCUACCAGAUGAUUCUGUCACCACCAAUUCAACGCAGCUUCAGCCCUACAUUGACGAACAACCAACAAACCCAAAGGCAUCUGAUGGCAUUACCACAAUUGUAACUGCAUCUUUGCCUGAAACUAACAAUGAUGACAUUUCGCUCCUAGCUGGUAUCAAGAUUUCAGCUGCCAAGGAUAUUGCCGUGAAAUCUGAAAAUAUCGCACAAGUUGAGCAGUAUCAAACCGCAACCAAAGAAAAAACGCCUGGAGCUUCUGUGGAAAUGCUGAACUCCGCAACUAGCAAGACGACAAUCAGUGUCAGUGAAAAGAAGGUGUUCGAUAAACUGGCAAGUUUUCAUGCUCCUAUACCGGAGAAGCCUCGUAGAUCUUCUGCUCUUGUUGCGCCCACUAAUUGCGAAAAAAUCGUGAAGAAAGAGAAGAAAUUUAGCUUCUCAGCUAAGCAAUCAGAAGUUGUUGGGAUCUCCAAUCAGCAGCUUUCAAAGAAAAAUAUUUCGUCUAUCAAAGAAAGUCCUUCCAAAUGUGCGGACGUAGAUAUAUUUAACAGUUCAUCCAAACCGAAGUCCUCAAAGCAUAAAGGCUACAAGAAACACUCUCUCGAUCAUGCUUCAAAUGCUCAACAGCAGGUUCAGAAUGAAAGAAAGAUAAGUGAUAAAAUGGAGCCUACUUUGGAUCGAGGUGAGGAGUCUUCGGAAAAUGAAGCCGAAAAGCAGACACUCGAGAAGCUGAUGAGUGGGAACCAAACGCAAAAUAAAACUACAGCCCAAGCGCAGACUGCGGUAGCUGUCAAAGAAAAUGAUCAAGCUAAGCAGAACAAAACAUCAAAUGUUAGCAUAGACAGCAAUUUAACCAAAUCUGGCACAAAGGUUCUCCCAAAUAUAAGUACGGGCGACAACACUGUUAAUGCAGUUCAGAAAGUGACUGGCAAACAUCACAAGAAGCAUAAAAAAGAUAAAGAAGGAAAAAGUGUGAACAGAAUAGAGAAUGCCGAAGAUAUGAAAAGCAUGAAACAGUUUUUAAUGCAGGAUGUGAACAAAACUGAAAAAGCAAAUUCAGAAAAAAAUAUUUCAACGCACGAGAAAAUGUUACAUGUUAAGAAAACGAGUAAAAUAUGCGCUAGCGACGACCUUCCGAAUGCAUCUGAGAAGAAAGAAACAAAAAAGGAGCAAGUUUCGCCCUCUGUUUGCAAAGAGAAGGAACUUUUGGAGGUGGAAACAGUUUCUCUCGUGUCACAGACUAUUCUUGAACCAUUGAAGGUUGAAGUUGAAGAGUCUGUAUUAAACAAAUCUGAGCAAUCUGUUUUGACAUCGCUGAAAAGUCAUCCUGAGCUUACGGAUUAUGACACACCUAUUCCGGAUUACGCAAAAUCUAAAUCAGCUCCAGUAUCGAUCGAGAAAGGUGGACACUCUCCUUCAACCCCCAACAGCAGUAUGCAUAAAAAGAAGCGACCUUACGUUGAAAUUGUUGUUGACGAAACUGACGAGCAGGAAAACAUCGACUAUGUACAGCAUCAACUUAGCCGCCCGGAUGGAAUUGAAAUUUGCAUCAAGAAGGUUAAACCUGAGCAACUUCCGUUUUCCAAUGACGAAGAAGAACAUUUUCCAACUCCAGUCAAGAAAGCCAAAUUUUCACCUAAGAAACAUUCGGUAGAUUCAAAAAGGAAAGAAGACGAGAACGUAUCAUCGCCGAUAAAGAAGUCUUCGCCGAAGAGUGCACGAAGUCCUAUUUCAGACGAUGGUAAAAGUACCGAAGCUGCAAGCGAACGCUCGGCAACUCCGAAAUCAGUCGCGAGUUGCACCUCGACCACCGCUGCCGUGUGCAAGGAGUCAGACAGUGAAGAAACUUUGGACGAAUUAAUCAUCGAAGAGUAUAGUACAUGCUCUAAGCUGUCUCAGUCCGAAACGGAGAAAGAAGCAGACAGCGAUAAAGAAAGUGAGUUGAACAUAGAAUGUGACACAUCAGUCUGCGAGUAUCAGGAGAUCCCGAAUGACGAAACAUGCGAGAGUCUUGAAGAUACUCUGGGCACCUCCUUCAGUACUGACGAAGCCAUCGAACCUGAUUACAGGGGAAAUUUGGAAGUGAAUGAAGCUGAUAUAGAUCUGCAAGAGCAAGUCUAUUCUGCUGAUUGUGAGAAGAACAUCAAAGGAAAUGAUGAAUGCGCUACUGUGGAAUAUUCCUUAGAAUCCGCUCCCAGUGGAAACAAUUUGAAUGCCUUGCAAGCGGAAGACAAAACUUCUACCGCAGAACCAAAGGGAGAAAAUGAUUGGAUAAACAUAAACGGAGAAAAUUUCCAUCGAAUGCAAGAGACAAGCUCUGCUAAAAAUGGAUCUGUCAUUCAGCUGGCUGAGACAAUCCUCGGAGUAAUAGAGUCAAAUCUACCAUCACAAGAGUCGCUCAGCUCCCGUCAUAUAGAAAGUCACCAGCCUCAAAUUUCUACGUUUGCUCAAAACCCUCUGUCGGCGUACAUGGCACAGAACACAACACAAUUUGGACAGCAGAGCAGUGUGAGCGAUAAUCGCCAGGAUAAAAUGUUCGAAUUCUUGGCUGGGCUCUCCACCACCAGUGCAAUUACCAACUACUCUGCUAUGAGCAGUUCACCAAUUCGGCCUCCUGAAAGUUUUAAAGAACCCAAACCGAAUAUAGCUUCCAGGUUGGAUGUGGAUUUUACUGAACCAGAAACUACCGAAGACAAUGCUACUGAUGAUACGGAACCAGAUCAAAGUAUAAUCGAGACGUACAAGAGAGUCGAAACAGCGGCACUAGUUGUUGAUUCUAACGUAGAGUUUAUGCAACAAAAUGUUAAGCCAUCCGUAGGCCUUGCAUCGACCGCGAGCAGCUGUGAGUCCACCGAAGCCGAGUCCAGUAUGCACACAGAAAGUAGUGUCAAAUCGGAGCUACUCAAUGAUGUAUCAACUAGUGUGCACCAGUUCUCACCAGACGAGACGGAAGCUGACGAUGAAGAAACAAAACCAGUGGCGAAGGGACCAACAAGAGGAUACAGACGGAGAAAGUCAAAGAGAACUAGAUUUUCUAGGCCACCUAGGAAACAAGCUCAGGUGCCUAAAGUAAAAAGUGAAAACGCUGUAUCAGACGCAGAAUCAGUGGAAACAGCGCAAGUUGAAAGUACAGUGCCAGGAGGACCUGCUAUUGACUACCGUUCUUGUCGGAAUGAAGAAACUGACGCAUUUGUUGAAAAAGUAUCUCGCAAUGAAAUUCCGACUGAUCUUCCUCCGCUGCCUGCAAGAUUCAACUCCAGUGCGAGUUCUAGCUCCGGCACCUCACUUCCCGAAACACCGACACCUACAUCGCCAAUUGUAGCGACCAUGCAUCCAAAGGAGAGGUUGAAAAAACAGUUCAGAGCUUUCAUGGCGGCUGAGCACAGUAACAAGUUGGCGAACCUUGGAACGCCAACCACACCAGCAUCAGAAGUAUCUCUGAGUGCAAGAACAGCCAUUAGCGGAAGCAGCAGCAGUCUGCCAAGCUCUGCUAAUCUCAAUUCAAAUAUAAAAAGCGAGCAGCUUACAGUGCAGUCACCGAUGAUAUUCUCGUUCAACGAGCCAUCACCUCGGAUGCAUUCACAGCCCAAGGUGAAAUCUGAACUAGCAUCGCCUGUGUUUGAAAGGACGACUUUUCCUUCCACCAUUUCACAGGAGCCUGUUCAGUCAGCCGCGACUAUCAUUAAACGGGUUGCCGCGCCCAGUAGUGAUCCACUGAGGAUGCUUGCUCCUACUCACCGAACUGUACCUACAAUUUCGCAAGAACUCAGCUUGGAACGGGACAAACGUCGAAACGAAUUGAAACAAUUAACAUCCUUGAGUGAUGCAGAAAUCGACAAUGUCGAGGCCUGCAUUGAGUCAGUUCUACAGGAUAACAGUAUUCUGGUGAAGCGCUUUAGAUGUACGGCUGAUAUUGAACCCAACUGGAUUGACCCAGAGGUCCGUGAAAGUGCGGAACUGUUAGAGAGUAGUAUCGAGGAAUUGACAAAUUUCAGACUCUUCCAACGAAGCCGCAAGCGAAAUAACGCAGGAGUGCCUGCAGCUCCUGGAAGUAGUAUUCUGAACAGGCAGUUCUACUCGUCCAGUAUAUCGGGUUCAGAUUUGCGUGAGCAUCGGGCCGUUCCAUUGGAUAAUAGAUCGGCUACUCCUUCAAGCUUAGGGUUCCAACUGAGCAACCCUGCGAUGUCAACUGCAGAAGCGGCUUCAAAUGCAAUUCAAUCAUCGAUAGACAGUGUCAUUCUCAGACACUCUGAAGUCGGUGGUACAGGUCGCAAGUACUCUGGCCACAUCGAGGACAUACAACCUGGAGGGCACCCAUCUCCCGACAUUGUGCAGAAUCCCACUACAAAAGGAUACGCGAAACAUUUGCUUUCGAUGUCUAGUUUAUCCUCUGGAGACCACGUUAGCAAUGCAAAGGAGCCCCGACUUUCCAACUCAGUGUCAAAUUACUCUUCUACUUCGAACUCAUCCGGACGCAUUGCAUCACCAACAGCGGCUGUGACUCCCAACUAUCAACACAGUAGUGCGGUAGGAAAUGCUUUUUCGCCCAAAAGCCUUAUCGGGAUGCCGCUUCCAUUCGAUUCCGCAAAUCCGCUUCUGCAGAACUUGCACAAUAAUGCUGCAUUUGCUGCCGCAGCAGCAUCCAAUAAUUCCUUACUUCGUUCAGCUGAGGCGUUUAGAAUUGAACAUUCAGCGGCUAAUUCCUUAUUGGGAGCAGCAACAAGUUCAGCGAAUGCCAGCAGUUCAAGUAGUGGAGCGGGAAAUGGAGGAGGAGACAUGCAUAUCAACAUCAAUUUGAUGGCCCAUUACCCGGCCUACCAUCCAGACAUUCUUCCAGCCUUGUAUGGAAAUCCAAGCCAGUCUGCUCCAACAAGGCUGGUUACAUUACAGAUACCCUCGACUCCUGUCGAUCCUUCGAUCGGCAUCGAGUCGCACGUGUUUGUCGCCAGAACCAGUAACCUCUACACAAUGUUCAAUAAGUUGCAGAAUAUCUGGGAGGGCACAGUAGAACUUAAGAACUCUCAGGCUCAGAUGAACUUGAGGUUUCUGGGUGGAAACGUGGCUUUAGCCGUUGGUGCUCUGCAUACGACAACUCUCAAUAUCAAUCAACGAAUGACACUGGAAGAACAAGAAUUGGAAGGACUUACCAGAAACCUACUGAACGAAGGGGACUACUGCGUGAUGCUUGGUCUUCCACACGGCCCUGAUCCGACGCAAAUUUACACGUCCAAUAAAGUGCUGCACUUGGAAGUUGCCAAAUACCUGCAACAUAAAGAAGCCGCAGGCAUUAUCAACAUCCCGCACAAGUACAUGGACCGAGAGACACUGUCAGUGUUGCACAUAUUCCCACCCUGUGAGUUUGCCCGCAAGUACCUGAUGAAGUUGGACCUGUUCCUGCACCUGAACACAUCUCCCAGCUCAUACCUGCUGUUCAUCCUCACUUCAGCUGACGUGGCCGCCAGAAGCUCCAACUCCCAAGAUAGAUAGCCCAUUGUGAUCCCCAUAAACCCCACCAGAGCAAUGGUAACUAAACAGUCGACCGGUGAUUUCGACCAAGUAAACGACGUUUAGAAAAAACUUGAAAAGGAGAGGAAGAGAACGCGGAAACUGAAAUUAGUUGAACUGAUAUGCUUUUAGUUGUUGACGUAGACUAUUAAUAAUAUGAUAUAUUGGAUCGGUGUUGCAAACCUGAAAGUAAUUUGCAAUAUUUUCUAACCUGAUGAUAUUUGUUGUUGUACCUUUUGAAAUGUUUCAAUUUCCACUUUUAUUAUUAACGCAAUAUAUUUCAUCUAUACAAAAAAAUUCUGUUGCAAAUAAAUUUUUGCU